AUAAUUAGGUCCUUAUGGUAUUACUUUCUGUUAAAAAUAUUGGAUUAUGUUGAAACGGGCAUAUUUGUAUUAAGGAAGAAAGACAAUCAGAUAACCGCAUUGCAUUUGUAUCAUCAUGUGUCUACCUUACUUUUGGCGUGGUUAAGUCUAAGAUAUUAUGCCGUUGCUCCUGUAACGUUGAUGUUCUUCAUUAACAGCUUCAUGCACACCAUAAUGUACAUGUACUACCUUUCAGCAGCUUGGGGACCAAAUGUUCGAAAAGCUGUCGCACCUAUGAAACGAUGGAUAACUAUAAUGCAGAUGGUAAAUUCUCCUGAUUUUCUUUCACAUUUUUCACGUCGCCUUUUUUCCUUCAAAUC